UUUUGGUGGUGAUUGCAUCCUUACUCAUCUUUAUCCUUUUGCAAGCUAAGAUCUUGGAGCUGCACAAAUGGAUAUGUGUAUGAAAAUCUGACCAUUUGAUUUGAAACGUGACCAUGUGGAUAAAACAGCUUUUGGGAAUCAGAUCAGGCCAUCCUUUAGGAAGCCAUGCUUGGAUUUUGAUAGCCAUGUUUCAACUAGCCAUGGAUUUCAUUAAUUGUGAAUCUAUAUCUCCAAGCAGGACAUAUAAAUAUCUACAAGAACCUUCACUAGAACAUAGGAUACAUCAUAUUGCAUUAUUGAGUUCUAGGGGGAGACCGAAGUUGAGAAGUUCAAAACAUUUUUGGGAUUUGUUUACAAAUUAUGGACAACAUCAUGUUUUUAAACAAGAACCACAGCAUGUAACUGUACAUCGCAAAGACCUUGUGGAAAGCAUUUUUUCUAGAAAUGUGCAGGUAAAACACUCCAACAGAUCAAAAUCAAAUCCUUCAAUGCAAGGACCAAAAAAUACACUAACAAUUACUCAGUUGAAAAGGGGUAAAAGGCAGCUCCAAAGACGAAGCUGGAAUAACUUGCAACCUUUCAUGAACAGUGAAAGUCAGCCAACGACCGUUUCAGAAUUCAUUAUAUGGGGACCAACAGGGGAUGAUGAAUUUGUAGAGUCUAGCACAUUCCCUGGCAUAUAUGAGACCACAAAAACCUCUACUACACAAGCCAGAACAACUUUGUUAGAAACAACUACUGCCACUACAACUUCCACCACAACACUGGCUAAAGGAAUUACAUCACAAAACCCAGGAAUUCAUAUGGCCAAGAAACCCCCUGGGAGGAUUAGCACAACAGAACCUUACCCAGGUAAUGGGAAAGCUGCAAGACCACCGAGGAUACCCAAUGAAACCUCAGGUCUAGCGGUACACCAGAUUAUUACCAUCACUGUUUCCCUAAUCAUGGUCAUUGCAGCACUGAUAACAACACUCGUCUUGAAAAAUUGCUGUGCACAAAGCGGAAAUGUUAGGCGUAACAGCCACCAGAGAAAAAUAAAUCAGCAAGAAGAAAGCUGUCAAAAUUUGACGGACUUUACUCCAGCUAGAGUACCCAGUAGCAUGGAUAUUUUUACUGCCUACAAUGAAACUCUGCAGUGUUCCCAUGAGUGUGUACGGACCCCUGUACCUGUAUAUACAGAUGAGACAUUACACCAAACUGGAGCAUAUAAGACAACUUUCAAUGGCAAUAGACCCACUUCUUCAGAUCGACAUCUCAUUCCUGUGGCCUUUGUGUCUGAGAAAUGGUUUGAAAUCUCCUGCUGACUGGCUGAAGUCUGUUUUUCUUCCUGAGGGCAGGGCAGACGCCAUGUUUCUAUUUCCUGGAUUCCAUUAGUAAACCUGUAAAAAUAAAAUAACAGGCGUCUACUAUUUUUGUUUACUACUGGGACUUAAAGAGCAGAACUCUAUUGGACAAAUAUAUUUUUAUAAAAGUAAAUCUACAGACACUGUAAUUUUUUUUCCUCAAAUAAUAUGAUUUUUUUGGGAUAAAAGACAAAUGAAAAUUACAUUUCAAUGACCAAGAAGAAAUUCUUAAACAAAGGACUGACUGUAUGAAUUUUUGGAUUUGGACUGUGAUUUUUGAACCUGUGCCAAUAAUACCAAUAUGUGCCAUGAAUCGAUGUGGAAGAUUUUCUUUAAAACUGAAGAUAAGCAAAUUAUUAUUUGAAUAAUGAGACUCAUGGAAUUUGGUGAAUUUUUUCUUGAAGAUAAAACAUUGUAAAAAGACAACUAAGCAACCCAUAAAUACUAUCCCCAUGUUUUAUUUUUUUCAACUUUAAUGUUUUGUUGAAUUCACUUUGUUUUAUUACACUCUGGAUUUUGUGUAACAUUUUAGAUUUUUUUAAAAAAAUGUAUCAUUGCUUCUUUAGAAGAACUUAAUCAGAUGGCAUUCAAAAGUAAUAUAAGAAGCUUUUUAUACAUAAAAGAGGCUUUUUACUUGACCAUUAUUUAAUGAUCUCAACUGAAAGUUUAGCUUGCCUUUGAAUACUGUUAUAUUUCAAAAUUAUAUGCAAUGAUACCUACAUGUUAAGGAGUUUACCUGAGUUUUUCCAUUCAAUUAAACCACAUUUUACAAGUCUGGAAACUAGACAUAUAAAAUUAAUGUCACUGAGCAAAACAUGAUUACUGUUUUAAAAUAUUUGACAAGUGUUCCCUAGUCAUGGAGCCAUGUAGGAAAUGGAAUGGAAGAUAUGGUAACUGAAUAAUUAAAGGGGAGCUAGCUUGUAUGUAUUAUUCAUAUUAAGUAAUAGCACUGCUUGAAGAUAACUCAUUAACCUAAUCAAAAAGACAGACACAAAUCUGACAUACAUUACCUAAAGGGAUGCCCAAAAUUUAGGGAUUUUAGACAUCAUAUACUGUGAGUUUUUACUGUAGUACUAGAAAUAUGAAAAACACAACUUUGUAUUCAUUCUAUGAUUAUGUGUACUUUUAAAUGACAGUAAUAAAGCACACUUAUGAUAUCAGACAAACAUCAUAAUUCAGUUUGCUGAAAAAACUGUCCUUUUCUUUCAUUGACAUUAA